UGAGCUUGGGGCCUGCUUGGAAUUCUCUCUCUCUGCCAAAAAGAAAAAAAAAAGUAUUUUUAUACAGUGAACACAUAUCAUCUUACCAAAAUAGUCUUGUAGAGAAGUACAGCAAUGAGAAUAAAAUCACCCCAAAUCUUCCUAUGUAGAAAUGUUCAUUCUUGGCACUAGGUGACAGUAUUUCAUAGACCAUAUAUACGUUGGCUUGAACAGAUAAAAGUUUCUUUUCCUUAUGUAGUAGAGUCCCUGUUUGGUGUGUUCCCUGUUGGACAUGCUUGUUCAGAAGCCAGUUUAUCUGUUUUGUCUGCCGUCCUUUGGAGCAGCAUGUCCAAAUGCUCAUCUCCAGCCCCGUCUCUAUGCUCCGCGUCAUAAACACAUCUGUCCUCAGACUUGUGAGACAGAGAAAGAGCAGAGGAGGUAAAUCCUGGCCUUGAAGAAGCCCGAAUCACUGCCUCUCCCGUUCCAAUGGUGAGUUCAGCUACAUGGCCAUACCUAGUACCUUUAGUUUCUUCGUGGUUGCUCCAGGACUUACCAGGUACAUCUUAACUUAUCAGAAUCUCCUUCUGGUUUAUACUAACAAUUCCAGGGGCAUGUAGAAUUGUUGCUUCUACAUGGCUUUAUUUUCUCUUCCUCUCUUUGUGCUAAUGUUACACAGUUCCAUCUCUGUAUGUUCCAAGUAAAACAAUACAUUUUCAUAAUUCUUACUUUAUAUAAUUAAUUAUGUCUAUUAUGAAAAUUGAGAAAAAAAUGAGAACAAGAAUGAAUAUAGAGUUUGUUGUAUUUACUUUCUUAUUUACCAUUUGUCUUCAUUUGUUCCUGUACAUUCCAUUAGCCACCUGCUGUCAUUUUCUGACUCCCAACAGCACUUUGCAUUCACUCACCUCCUCUGUGCUGUCUUUUUCACAUAUAAAAUAUUCCUAUCUGUGAUACUGUGAUUUAUAAUGAAUACAUAUUUGGUUCUCAUCCCCAUUUCUGGCACAGAGCUCCUGAAUCCCUUGGAAUUUCCUAUGUGAGGAAAGCAACAAAGAUUGCUCUACUGUUUUGAUAAUACCCUAGGGUAUAAAUAGCUCAGCAGUCUGAUCCAAUUAAACUUGGGCUGUGGUAUUUUUAAAGCAUUGUUAGAGGUUUGUUCUGACUCCAGCAGGGUGACUCCCUGCCCUCUCAGCCACACUCACCAGGACUUUUGCCUCUUUGCCUUGGAGUUGGAAGGAAUGGUAACUACCCGUGGCCUAACCUCCUGGUGAGAUGUGGUUUUGAGUCUCUAAUGGAAAAAAAGGAAUUAACUCCAAAACAGGAAAUUUCCAAAGCAGUGGAGUCCCAGAGAGCAAAACCAGAAGAACAUGCAAGAAAUAUAUCCAAGGAAUCUGAUUUUGAAGAAAUGUGUAAAACUGAGGGAAAGAUAAAGAAUUACUGGGGACAAUCUACAGUGGAAAGACUUAAGAAAUCCUUCUCCCAGAAGAACAAUUCCAGACCGGUGACAUUGACACGUGUGAAAACCCCUAGGGGGGAAGGCCAGAUAUCCGGUUCCACGGAGGUAAACUGCACUGCAGACCCAAACCCUGUCGGAUUUCAUCGAGGGUCUAGAGGGGAGAGUCUCCACCAGAAUGUGCCACAUGUAGAUGACUUUCAACAAACUCAGGACCUCAUUAAUCUCCCAUGUUUCCAUCUAGGAGAAAGAUCAUGUCAGACAGAUGUGUUUGUGAAAGUGGCCAGGCAGAGUUCAGUUCCUGGUGAGAGUCAGAGGGUUAACAGGCCAAAGAAAUCCUUUGAGUGUACUGAGUGUGGAAAACCUUUCAGCCCGAGUAGAGCUCUUUCUCAACAUGGGAGUAAUCACACCAGAGAGAAGCCCUUUGAGUGUGGUGGAUGUGGAAAAACUUCCUGCCACUGCUGUGUCUUCAACCAACAUCAGAGAGUUCACUGUGGAGAGAAGCCCCACACCUAUGCUGAGUGCGACAAAGCUUCCAGGGCUCAUGCCUACUUCAUUCAGAACCAUAACAUUCACACUGGAGAAAGACUUUAUGAGUGCAGUGAAUGUGGAAAAGCUUUCAGUACGUGUUCAUCUUAUAGUCAACAUCUUAAGAUUCAUACUGGGCAGAAACCUCAUGAGUGUAAUCAGUGUGGGAAAGCCUUCAGUCAUAGCUCUAACCUGAUUCAUCAUCAGAGAACUCAUAGCGGAGAGAAACCUUACACGUGUAAGGAAUGUGGGAAGGCUUUUAGUAGACAGUCACACCUCCUUCAGCAUGAGAGAACUCAUUCUGGAGAGAAACCUUAUGACUGUACUGAGUGUGGCAAAGCCUUCAGUGCACGAUUAUCUCUCAUUCAACAUCAGAGAAUUCACACAGGAGAAAAACCCUAUGAAUGCAAUGAAUGCGGGAAAUCCUUUAGCCUGAACCGAACCCUUAUCGUUCAUCAGAGAAUUCAUACUGGAGAGAAACCCUAUAGGUGUAAUGAAUGUGGGAAAUCCUUCAGUCAACAUUCCCAAGUCAUUCAGCACAAGAGAAUUCACACUGGUGAGAAGCCUUAUAUAUGCAAUGAGUGUGGAAAAUCAUUCAGCGCUCGCCUGUCCCUUGUCCAGCAUCAGAGAAUUCACACUGGAGAAAAACCUUAUGGAUGCAAUGAGUGUGGGAAGACAUUCAGUCAAAAGGGACAUCUGAUUCAGCAUCAGCGAAUUCACACUGGAGAAAAACCCUAUGAGUGUAAUGAGUGUGGAAAAGCCUUCAGCCAGAGUUUUAAUCUCAUUCAUCAUCAAAGGACACACAAUGGUGAGAAGCCCUAUGAAUGUAAUGAGUGUGAUAAAGCCUUCAGUGUGCUCUCUUCCCUUGUUCAACAUCAGAGAGUCCAUAAUGGUGAAAAGCCCUAUGAGUGUCACAAAUGUGGGAAGGCUUUUAGCCAGGGCUCACACCUCAUUCAGCAUCAGAGGAGCCACACUGGGGAGAAACCCUAUGAGUGUAACGAGUGUGGGAAAACCUUUGGGCAGAUAUCCACCCUAAUUAAACAUGAGAGAACACACAAUGGAGAGAAGCCCUAUGAGUGUGGAGACUGUGGAAAAGCCUUCAGCCAGAGUGCACACCUUGUCCGCCAUCGAAGGAUUCACACUGGAGAGAAUCCCUAUGAGUGCAGUGACUGCGGGAAGGCCUUCAACGUCCGCUCCUCUCUCAUCCAGCAUCACAGAAUUCAUACAGGAGAGAAGCCUUAUGAAUGUGAGAAGUGUGGCAAGGCCUUCAGUCAGCAUUCACAAUUUAUUCAGCAUCAGAGGAUUCACACUGGAGAGAAGCCCUAUAUGUGCAAUGAAUGUGAGAAAGCCUUCAGUGCACGCUUGUCCCUUAUCCAACACAAGAGAAUUCACACAGGAGAGAAACCCUACAAAUGCACUGAAUGUGGAAAAUCCUUCCGACAAAGCUCUCACCUCAUUCGUCAUCAGAGAGUUCACAGUGGAAAACGACCUUAUACAUGUAAUGAAUGUGGGAAAACUUUUAGUCAGAAAAUAACUCUUACUGGUCAUGAGAAAAUUCACACUGGAGAGCAAGCCUAUAAGUGUAUUAAUUGUGGGGCCCUCUUUAGUGCACAGGCAGCUUUCAUUCAGCAUCGUAAAGUCCACAAUGGAGAAUAACUCCCCUUUAUUCGAUAGUCUUCCCUGUUUUACAUCAGAAGCAAUAUACUGAUGGGAAAGCUGUCACUUUUACAGCUUUCAUUUUGGAGAUUCAUCUCUCCAGUGAUUUAAGAUCUCCCAGUGUGCUGUUAACUAAAGGUAGGCUGCAAAAUUAUGUGCUAAAAAUUCCAAGGUCACAUGCCUUCCCUCAGAUUCAGAGGGUGGCCCUGUGCUUCAGUACUUUAAACAAG